AUGACGACUCCAAAAAUGGAGGAGAAUAGCACGCUCGGUCGUCAGCUCUCUGCUGCUAAUGAAGAAGCUUGGUUAUCUCUUGGUCGUAUUGCUGAGAUGAUGGGCGACGAUGAAAACACAAUGCUUGCUUAUGAGAAGGUCUUGUCACAUAAUCGACUGAAUGCGACGGCAUUAUUCGCUAUUGGCUGCUGUUAUGAAAAGGUUGAAGAUUAUACAAAAGCGGCCGAUUGUUUCCGUGGUCUUGUGUCGCUGAAUGAACAAAACUCGGACGCUUGGGGUCACUUGGGCUAUUGCUGUCUCAUGAUGAACGACCUAACGAGCGCCCAUACGGCCUAUCAGUACGCCAUGUAUAACAAUCCAAUGAGUCAGAAGGACCCAAAUAUGUGGUACGGCAUUGGUCAGCUCUAUGAACGUCUUGGGUCCCUUGAGCAUGCACAGGAAUCCUUUGAAGCUGUUCUUCGCUUUGAACCAAACUUUAAUAUGGCUUUGGAGGUGAAAUUUCGUCUUGGAAUCAUUGCAAAACAACGUGGAGAUUAUGAAGGGGCACUGGAGAGACUCAAGUCGGUGCUGCACGAUGUGCAGGCCAAUGUACAGACUACUGAAAUGGCGAGUGAUAUCUGGACACAGAUUGGACACGUGUAUGAGCUCAAGGAUGAAAUUCAGCUUGCCAAGUCCAGCUACCUCAAGGUAGCAGAAGUGAAUCCCAACAAUGCCAAGCCGCUGCAACAGCUUGGUUGGCUAUGCCUUAAGCACAGUGAACAUCCACCUGCUAUUGAAUACCUGAAGAAGGCUGUAGCCAUUGAUCCUCAAGAUGGGAAGGGGUGGUACCUUCUUGGACGAUGCUACAUGGCCGUGCAAGAGUUUGAGGAAGCCUAUGAUUCGUACAAACAUGCCGUGACGACGGAUUCGCAGAACCCGAACGUGUGGUGCUCGCUCGGUGUAUUAUUCUACCAGUUGAAUCAGCACCUGGAUGCACUAGAUGCGUACUCACGUGCUAUCAAUAUCAACCCCAACAUUUGCGAGGUCUGGUACAACGUUGGAACAUUGUACGAUACCUGCAAUCAAACCAGCGACGCUCGUGAUGCCUAUCAAAAGGCUGCCGAGCUUGGAGCGGACGGGCAGUUUAUUCGUGAACGGCUGGAGCUCCUGCGUGUUCGAGAAACUGGUCAGUCCACAAUCGGCAUGGCUGGUGCUAACUCAGCACCUGGCCCUUCGGAGCCGCCCACCACAUCCCCUAUGCCGACGUUUUCAUCGCGACCCUCGGCGGAGACUCAGUACCAGGCACAGCAGGAUGGAGCCGCUGCGCAAGGUGCUCAGCCCAACGGUGCCUCGUCUGUAAACCAAGGUGCACCGAUGGCGCACGUGUUGCGCGGAUGCGAGGCCCCCAUAAACAUGAGCAUGAGCAUGAGCAUGGGCAGUGCACCGACCUCAAAUUCGAUGAGUGUUAGCGGUCCUGAGUCCAACAGCAGCAUGACACGUGGAAUGCCUGUGGGAAGUGCUGGUAUGAAUAUGAUGCGUGGAAUGGGCCGUAACGCCCCGAUAAACGGUAGUAGCAUGAUGGCACGCGGUGUUCUGGGCGGAAUGGUGCCUGGUAUGCAGCAUCCGCCGCAGGCUCAGCAGAUGCAAUCGCAGCACCCUCAGGCCCAGGCACACGCACAAGCCCAGGCACAUGCUCAUGCCCAAGCCCAAGCACAGGCUGCUCAGGCGCAGGCUCAUCAUCACGCUCAAAUGCAAGCCCAAAUGCAGGCACAGCAGCAGCAACAUGCGCAGGCUGUGCAUAUGCAGCAGGAUGGCCGUCGAGGGAUGGCCGGUCGGUCCAUUAAGGAGGAGAGCAAAGUCGGAGGAAUGCGUUACGCAAUGGAUGGCGGUGACCGUAAGUUGCAGGCACCGCCGCAGCGCCUGGCUGGACUAAACCCGAAGAAUCUGGGUGGUCCUACAGGUGUUCCACAGGGCGGCCGUCGCGAUCGCUUUCCAAUCCCCAUGAGUGACCCGAAACAGCACCAACACCCGUCGCUCCAGCCGCCCCCCGGCAGACGGUGA